AGAAGCAAUAAUCAGACUCAACAGCCUUUUUAUCUCUUUUUAUUUCUUCGUAAGCUGUGCCGAUCAACUUCCCUUGACGCCGCACUCCGCAGUCAGAGGCAAAUGGCGUCGUACGGCUGGAUGUUGUCACGUCAAUUUAUGCAUAAUUAUAAAUGAAUUUCAACUAUUGCGAUGGAUAUUUAUUGAAUACGAACGAAAAAAGGCUCUGAGAUGAAUGAGGUCAGCGGGGGCAAACAAGAAAUGGCUAAUAACUCGGCUUGGGAGGCAUUGGCUGGACAAUCUGUGUCCACGCUGCCUCCUAUGCAUCAUCAUCAGCUCCUGCAACAGGAUACAAGUCCUCCAGUUACACAAGUUAUCGUACCCACUCCUGUCAAACUUCAGGCAGCAAUAUUACCGCCACCUCAGAACAUUGUCGAUCACUGCCCACCCUUAUCUCAUGCGCAGCAGACGUCCAUUGCUCCACAGCAGGGCGCCGUACCAGGCGUUUUCACAGAGUCAGAAUUAUCGCCAGAGCUCCAGCAGCAAGGGUGGAAGAAAUUCUGGAGCAAAAGAGAAAAUCGGCCGUACUUCUGGAACAAAUCAACAGGAGAAUCUCUCUGGGUGCCUCCCUUAUUGAAACCGCAAUUUGACCCCAUAACAGAUCCACUAGGAAUAUGUGGAGUACCUCCAGUUGCUGCAAAUGGUCCAAUAACUCCUGGUACUCCUGCAACAACUCUCAAACGUAGAGCUUCCGAAGAAAAUCCUGCUGGUUCAGCAGCAAAAAAAUUUAUUCUAGCCGGCCCAUGGGACUUAGAGAUCCCGACUAAUGUGAUAAUUUAUGAAAGAGGACCAUCAAACUUGCCUCAUAUUCAUCCUGACGUUGAAGCCUUCAGAUGUGGAUUACUUGCCAAAUUACGGCAGUGCUAUCAAGAACUGUGCCACACAAGAGAAUCUAUCGACGCUCCAAAAGAUUCCUUCAAUCGAUGGUUGAUGGAGCGGAAAGUGAUUGAUUGUGGAUCUGAUCCGCUACUUCCGAGCCAAUGUUUUCCUGAAAUAUCUAUGUCCAUGUAUCGUGAAAUAAUGAAUGACAUACCAAUAAAACUUGUCAGGCCGAAAUUCACUGGCGAUGCAAGGAAACAGCUGUCAAGAUAUGCCGAAGCAGCUAAAAAAAUGAUGGAAUCUAGGGCGGCAUCUUCUGACUCUAGAAAGGUCGUCAAAUGGAAUGCUGACGAUACGUUCCAAUGGCUAAGAAGAACAAUCGGUGCUACGUUUGAUGAUUUUCAAGACAGAUUAGCCCAUCUAAAGAGGCAAUGUCAACCCCAUUUGACAGAGACAGUCAAAGCAAGCGUCGAGGGUAUUUGUUUAAAAAUUUAUCACCUCUCUACGGACUACGCGAGAAAAGUCAAGGAGAAGAACAAUCAAAUUACGAAAGAUAACGGUCUAGGAGACGUCGUACCUUUGGGAGGUCCGGCGAGCACUCAGAGAAAAGUGUGGUGUUAUCCGGUACAAUUUUCUUUGCCGAGUCCCCGGCUACCCCAAAUAGAUUACUUACCAGAACGAGAACAAACAAUGCUCCGCUAUCACGGCGACACAAUGGGUAUUAACAACACUCAUUUAACAAAGCUGGAACAUUUGUACAGAUAUAAUUGUUUUGAUGAUAAAAAAUUCGAGAUGUUCUUACCCCGUGUUUGGUCUAUGCUAAAGCGAUAUCAAACGUUUCUGGGAAUCAACGAGGGCCAAGCUACUCAAAUGGCAUUGCCAGUCACUGUCUUUGAAUGUCUCCAGAGAACUUUUGGUGUCACUUUUGAAUGUUUUGCUUCUCCUUUAAAUUGCUACUUCAGGCAAUAUUGUUCAGCGUUUGCGGAUACAGAUUCCUACUUUGGAUCCAGAGGACCCUUCCUAGACUUUAGGCCGGUUAGUGGUUCUUUCCAAGCUAAUCCGCCAUACUGUGAGGAAUUAAUGGAAGCCAUGGUCAAUCAUUUCGAGCAAUUGCUGGCCGACUCUGCCGAGCCACUAUCGUUUGUAGUUUUUCUACCCGAAUGGAGAGAUCCGGCACCCAACGCACUUCUCAAACUUGAGAGUAGUCACUUUAAACGCAAACAAGUUGUUGUUCCCGCAAUGGAACACGAAUACAGACACGGAUUUCAACACUUUCUCCCCAAGGGUGAAGUAAACAUAAGAGCAGCUCAUGGAACUCUUGUCGUCUGGCUACAGAAUACUGCUGGAAAUGCACGCUGGGGGCCUGCUGACGACAGGGUCGAAGCGCUUUUAGAAGCAUGGCGACCUGGACGAGAAAGAGAAAGAGACAGACAAGAGCUAUUGUCUCCACCAAGACAUACUCAUCAACCUAUUUCUGCAACCCCUAUUCCCGUGCCAUCUACACCCAUCACUCAGAUGACCUCACUCCCAUCUUUGUCAACUUUGUCAACGCAUCCAAUUUCUGUUUUAGAAUCAAUUAAAUGAAACUUAAAUAUCCAAAAGGGAUAUUUAUGGUUGGUUGGUUCUGGUGGUGUUUCCUGCAGAGACUCAAAUCCUUCUAUCAGGGCAGAGUUUUCGUCCCAAUAUUUGGCUAUAUGUUGCGUCUAGUUUGAUCAGUUCUGAUGAAUGUCAAAUUUGCCUUAGUUUUCAUUGAGAAAUUUCAAUGUCUAAGAAAUGUUGGAGCAGAAAAGUCUCGACAAUCGUGUGUAGCUCAUGGAGAAUUUUUUUUCAAUUGAAAUGACUUUUAUGUGACUAUCUCGAUACAUGUAUUUAUUGCGAAUAUGUAUCACUAUUUAAUUGAAGUAGUCUCAAUAUAUUGGAAAGUCUGACUGCUUUGCCAAAAUGUUAAUUGUUCCUAAUCAUUGCGUCAGACUUUACAUAGUAUAGGGGGUACAAAAUAGUAGAUAUCCUUGCUGUGCAAGUUGAAGCUAUUAAAUUUAUACAGAGGAACACGAUAAUUUAAAUCAAUGUGAGAUCUCACAAAUCUAACAAAUUUAUAUGUAUGUUCUAGGGUGACCCUUAACAGGAGUGAUAUCGAAUUUUCAUGCUUCUCGGGGCUUAAAGCUUCCAAAUUAAUGGAAAAAAUUACCUGAACAUUCGAGCUCUUAAUAUCAACUCUACGAUAAUCCGCUUUUCCGCUCCAAAGUUUCUUAUGGAAAUGAUACGGGGAAAACUUCUCUCGUUUUCUGAGAUUUCAUAAGUCAUUGACGAAUAUAUCAACAAUAAUGUAAAACACAUAUUUCUGUAGAAAAUUUAACGCUCUACAACGAAGGUCUUUGAUGAUUUUCCGCUAAUUUUACUUUAAGUUAUAAAGUGAAUAAUUUUUGAAAUUUCUUUAGAGUUGCAUCGAAUACAAUAGUUCAUUAAGGGUAAAAAAUAAUUUUUUUGUACAACCGUUUAUUUCAGAAUUUUACUUGACAAUAUUGAUAAUUUUGUAUAAAUUAAACUUUAACCUCGGAUAACUUUUGAGCCAGUAGAUUUAGCCAAAAAUCAUGGAAGAUCGUUUUGUAGAGCAUUGAAAUUUGUAUAAAAAUCUGUAGUUUCCAUUAUUGUUGGUAUAUUCGUCAAUAUCUUAUGAAAUUUCAAAGAACAAAAAACAUUUUUCCCAUGUUAUUUCUCUAACAAAGUUCGGUGCCAAUGCGAACUAUCUGAAAGUUGAUACAAAGAGCUCAGAUAUGCAGGGGAUUUUUUUAAUUUAUUUAGGAGCGCUUAAGCCCCUGGUAGUAUUAAAAUUCAGAAACACCCUUGUUAAGGACCAUACUAAUAUCUUCAAAGUUACAAUUUAAAUUUCGAACUUACUAGCUAUUCGCUUUUGGAUUUUUUGUCAUCCGUCCUUUUCAAUUCCGUUUCAAUUGAAGUGUAAUUCAUUUUUCGUAUAAAAAAAAAAGAGCAACUAUAGAAGAAUGAAGUUGUUAAGUUAUUGCAUGCCUCGAGAAUAAGACCACCUAAUAUCUAUUAAAUAAUGAUAUUUUAUUUCAAUCAGAUGAUCAAUGAAUAACGAGGAAAAGUAAUAUGAAAGAAAGACGCACACAAUUCAUAGUUUUAUGUUCAAUUAAUGAUCGUGCUCAAAGCGCAAAUUGACCUUUUACCGUGGUUUCACCCCUUGAAAAGUUGAAAAACAAAUCAAAAAAUUGAUGGUAACUAGAAAUCGAACGUACUGCACCUUUCAUGUGAAGCAUAUCUACACAACAGAUGAUACUAGAUGUAGGGGAGGUACAGGUCUCACACCGCAAUAUACCUAUAGGUAAGCGUGAUUUAGUCGGGAUAUAAAAAAGCGCAUAUCAUGGAAUUUAUACAUACAUGGUCAAAGUUCGGCAGAAAGGAACGGAGUUGUCAUUGAUAGAUAUACUAGAGUAAGCGACUUAUCUUAUCUCACAUGUAUGUAAAUAAUAUUUGGAUUCAAAUGAGAGCAAUUGUAGUAAAUAUCUCGAUUUUUCAUUUUUUUUCUCAAAAGUUAUGGUUCCCAGAUUUCACAUUGCUCGUAAUCACUUGCUUUGUAUCCACUACUUUGCCAGAAUUCUUUGGAUUUGAGUUUUAAAAAGUCCUAACUUCUCUCGUAAAUUUUGUACAUUUUUAUUAGCCAAUAUACCGUAUGCGUAUAAUUGAUAUGUAUGCAAAAUAUACAUAAAUAUUCACGUACCCGAUGACCGGUGUACAUAUACCUGUAUAUCCAUAUAAUUUGAAUAUGCACACAUCAAAUAAUAAUGUAUUGUUGCCUAUUCAGUUGGUAGUAUAAUUGGGACAAUACAUGAAGUUUAAAAUUUUAAAUGUGGCGUCACAUUGUUCAAUUUAAGUAUAAAGAGAGAGCUCAAGGAAAAUAAAUCAUUAGAAAAUGCUUACAGCUGCUCAAAUGCUAGACUAGAGCGAGCGACUCAAUCUCGUUUCGUUUGGUCUAGUUUCUUUACUCAGAAAAAAUAUUUGUGCAACAACACACCGGCGUACAUUUUAAAUUGCACGGCAACUGUUUUCAUCCACGCAUUGAGUUAUAACUAAGUGUAGAUGGAUCACAUCGUUUGUUGAACAAACAAAAAGCCACGUGAAUAUUGACUUAUUGACGCUCAUCAGUGCUUGACAUCUCCGUUUAAUUGCAUGCUUCUUCUGUUUCUUUGGCUCACAAUCAGUAACUGUGAAAAAUAGUCAGAUCAGCAGUUGUUGAAUGCUGAUGGACAGAGUUAUCGAUUGUCUAGCACUAAUUUGAUUACUUACAUUUCAAUGAUACAGUUAUUGUUGUUAUUCUUUGCUGUUCUGGAUUUAUGAUUUUGCUCAGUUACUGUGCGAUCCAAUCGGUACAUUCACCAAUCGUUGCUUAAAACUGACGGAGCUCCCACAGUGUGCGAUAUCAGGAGACUCCGUAGGCCAUUAAGAAAACAUGUAUAAAAUCAGUUAACUACUCAAUUUGCUGGGCAAAAGUUUACUGAUUUUAUGUCAACGAUUUGUAUUCCCUUUACUAAUUGACAACACAUUUGAGAAAUCGUCUUGAAAGCCCUACUCGUAUCGAAUAAUCGUAUUUCAACAUCGAUGAAAUUUUACUGUGCAAUAGCGAAAGUUAUAAGUGAAGAAAUUGUGAAUAUGAAUUUAUAAUAAUCAAUACACGAUUGGUAGUAAUAAGGAAUGAAAUUUUUUAAAAUAUUUACCAUGUCAUGGUUAAGAAUGUUAUAUAACUAUAAAUAAAUUUGGUUCAUUUGUA